CCGAACCACUCAUUCUCUCAGUACGCCGACACCGCGCGAGUCACACACACGUUAGCGCGCGAAAAACGCGUCUUUUUUUAUUAUUUUCAUCUUUUUUUCUGUGCUCAACAUGUUUUUAGUCACGCUCGCUGUUGUUUUGGUCGGUGCGCAGGCGAAAUUCUACACGGAUUGUGGGUCAAAGUUGGCGACAGUCCACAGCGUGGGCGUGAGUGGGUGUGAGGAAAACUCCAAGGAGUGUGUGCUCAAGAGGAACAGCAACGCCACCAUCAGCAUUGAGUUCACACCUUCGUCGCCAGCAGACAACAUCGAGACAGAGGUUCACGGGGUGAUCAUGAACCUGCCUGUGCCGUUCCCGCUGCCGCAGCCUGACGCCUGCAAGGACAACGGCCUCGUCUGCCCGCUCAAGCCUGGCGUAAAAGCGAGUUACGUCGCGACAUUACCAGUCCUCAAGUCUUACCCCAAAGUGAGGGUGGACGUGAAGUGGGAGCUGAAGAAUGAUGACGGAGACCUGGUCUGUGUCAUGAUCCCAGCGAAGAUCCAGUGAUUACUGAACAAGUGUAAACUUGAAGUAAUUUUAUCAAUAUAUACAUUUUUCUCCUUUUUUGUAAACUAAAAUCCCGGACAGUCCAUACAAAAAUCUCAUCUGGCCUAACACGCGAGUCUUCUUCUUAUAGUGUGGGUUGUGAGGUGGAAUACCAGCCUCAUCAACCCUGGUAUCAGGGUUUCUACUGAGCCACCAAAGGCCCCUAACAUGGCUCGUGUAACUACAUACUUACAUCAGUAAGUAGUAACCGGGACCAACGGCUUAACGUGCCUUCCGAAGCGCGGAUCAUCUUACUUUCGGACAAUCAGGUGAUCAGCCUGUAAUGUCCUAACCAAACUGGGGAUCAUAAAGAUAUUUUUGUGUUAUGUCCCCACCGGGAUUCGAACCCGGGGCCUCCGGAUCGUGAACCCAACGCUCAACCACUGGACCACCAAGUGGGAGCGAGACAUUCUCCGCGCGCUCUCCCCCUUUCUCCUGAGCAGCUUAAGACCAUUAGAGACUAAACUGAGAACCAGAAGGGAGUGAGGUCAGGUCGGCAAACCAAAUUGGUACGAAGUUACCAUUCUAUACGUAGUUACUUCUUUAUUCUAUGUCAAAAGCUUCACUUUGUAUGAGCAAUGGUCCAAAUGCUUCCAACACUUACCUGCUUUCCUGGCUAAUAAAAGUCAUCAUUGAUACCUUAUUUUAAAAAUCGAUCAUGAAAAGGAGAAAAAUCUGUUAUGUUUAUUUAUCAGUCACUUUUUUAUACAGGCUGUUAGUGACAUCGUAACGAACACUGAGGGAUGAUUCAGACCAUGAUUCUGGUUGACAUCAAGUGGAAUUUUCCAUCGCAAAGUGUGGAACUGAAAAUAAUUUUAAAAAACACUAAAAUUUCCGUGAAUUAUCCGACAAGAAAUUCCACUUGAUAUCAACUCAGAAUCAUGGUCUGAACCAUCCCGCUCAGUAUUCGUUACGGUGUUACUAACACCCAUACCUACUUGUAUAGCUACCUGUAUGUAUUAAUUUGUACGGGGUGUAAGUGACAUCGUAACGAAUCCUGAGAGGGAUGAUUCAGCUCAUUAUUCAGAGUUAAUAUCAAGUGGAAUUUUCCAUCGCAAAAGUAUAAAACUGACAUUAAUAACUAAAAAGUCAUGAAUUUUUCUACGAAAAAUUCUACUUAAUAUUAACUCAGAAUCAUGGUCUGAAUCAUCCCCCUCAGUAAUCGAUACGAUGUCACUAAGAUCUUCUAUAAAAACAUGAAUUAAGUGGUCAUUGUACGGUCACGAGCAUUAAAUAUGUAUACACUUUGGUACCAUGUCACAUUAACUUUUUUGACAAAUUGAACUGUAAGUCUCACUAAAUGUCAAAUAUGUUUGUGCGACAGAUUCCUAAAGUGGGUACAUUAUAUUGCUCAUGACUGUACUAAAGAAUGGUCAGUUUGGUGACACUGAUGUUGGUAACAAAUAAAUAUAAUUAUAUGACUCCAUUUUUGCUUUUAAUUAGUUAUUCUGACUUGAUUUAUUUUGCGAUAUAAAAUAUACCAAAGUUUCAUAGUUAAUAAAUCUUUUUAUAAACAUUUGUCUGUUUUCACGCCUCUAAAUUGUAUUUAUUCUAUCUAUGGCCUGUACUGUGUACAAUAAAAUAUUAAAUUAAUGAAUAAACAAAUAAGUUCCGUAAAUAA